AUGAGGGGAGGGAGGAGGACGGCUGCUAUCGCGGCCUCCACGUUUUUUUUGGCACCGCGGCGGCGUCGGUUUCCGCAAUUGACGACAUUGGUGCAGCAGCCGCGGUACUGCAGCAGCGAGUCUUCUGCAAAGAAGAUUUUCCAUUAUCGACCGCAUCAACUUAGCGGCCAAAGCGAAAGAAAUGUUGAAUUGAAUCUCGGUGCCUCCACGAAAAAGUUGUCCUCGGUGCACAUAACCCUGGAUUCACUCGCACCGCCGUCCACACUGACAGCGGAUACCGCGGUGGAGUACCUGGCAGCCCUGCGUGGCCUGCAUCGAUCUCUGGGAAUUAUGGCGUCGGCAUCACGCGUCCGUUGGCAGGCACGGGAGUUUCUGAUUCGUGGUAUGCCAAAACCAAAUGACAAUGAAACGCAGGCAUUGUGGACGAUGACAGAAGAACUUGCGUGUGCCAUCACGGUGUCCUGUGCACAUUUUGAAAUCUCCAUAUUGGAGUGUCCAUAUGGAAACGAAAGUGUGGAAUUUCUGCAACAUCUUUGGCAGGAGCGGCAGUCAUCGUCAUCACCAUUGUCUUCAAUAUGCAGUUGUGAAGAGGCUGUGCUGCUUGGGCGGCUCACCAUGGCGGUGCUGGAUCUUCUUGUCAACCGUGUUCUUUAUCUAGAUGCGGAUGGCUAUGAACUGUUGUCGCAGCUGCUGUGCAGGACGCUCUUGCCUGCCGUGAUGUGUGUGCUUCAGGAUGACGUCCUCUUUACGCCACCUAAAGGGGAGGAGGGUGAAGAUAAGGAUUUAACGAACACACAGGCUGCAGCUCUCACUGUACUGCUCUCUUCCUUAACAAAGGCAGCUGUGGCACAGUGGGCUCGACGCAGCAGUGACUCGGAGGAUGGGGAGAAUGUUGCUCUCUUUGGCACACCGACUUCACUGCCGCCUUCUGUGGAGAGUGGUGUACGAAUUCCGCGUGCAAUCAAGGUGCCGAUUGUGCCAUUAUCUCUGGCAAAAUUGGCGCGAAUAGUACAACACUACGCAACUGGUCUUACGCCAUUGCGAGUGAGGGAGACGGCGUUACCGCUUCUUCGCUUCUUCACACUUACCCAAUGUGUCCCACUUUUUGUUGAACCGCAUGAUGAGUGUGGCCCUCAUGGGACUGGUGAAGGCAGCAGUGGAGGCUGUGAGCAGGGAACAAACAUGGCAUCGCUGGUGGCAUCCGUUACAAGAGUCUUACAGGCAUCAAUGGAUAACCGCACUUUUUUUGUGUCGCAUCAAGUGUCGAACAUCACAUCGACAUACGCUCGCAUCCUUUCGUUUUCUCCCAUACAGUCAAAAAAGGAAGUGGGAAAUGAUGGGCACGCGGUUGUUGCCUCCACGUCCUGGUGCCUGUUUGAGAUUCUCAUGAUGGGGUUAAAGAGUAACAUCCUCUAUCAUGUGGAGCCCCUUUCGCCCACUGUCGUGAUGCCGCAAUUGUGCGAAUGUGUGACGGCGUUUUCAAAAAAAUAUCUUUUUUCUGAUCUGGCUGCCUUGCUGAACGCCCUUGCGAAGAUAUUUCACGUCUUGUGCGAGCAGCACAAUAAUCUUUGGAUUCAGCAACAGCAGCAGCAACUACAACAAAAACAAGACCAACCGGUUAAGGUGAACGGUACACGCUCGCGCUUCGAACGACGCCGAACGACUGCUUCCGUCGUAAGAAGCAGUAUGCUUCCAAAGGAUGAAGGAGGACAGUCGUCAUUGACAUCACCAGCUUUACCGUUGACGGGUGUAUUUUUUGUUAGCAAUGACGACAUUUCUGAAAUUGAGGGUGAGCUGGAGGUGCUCUUAGAUGCAUGUGUGGCUGUCAUGGAGAGACACAUGCUAUCCUUCUGGAAUACUCGUCAGGCGCUUGUGCCAAGGUCGGGUAUCCAUUCCUCUACAUCGGGCGCGAGCGCCAGCGACAAAAGUCUUAAGGUUUUGAAGGAGGAGAGAGGAAUUGCGUUUUCAGGAGUCGGCGUAUCACUCGCGAAGGCACUUGGCGGAAGGAGCCGUCGGCUGAAGAAAUCGGUUUCCAGCAGAGAACUCGUCAUGAUCGCGGAGGGUGUCCAUGCCCUGAGCUGGCGGCCGUUUGUGGCCUUCCAGGAGCGUUUGUUGGCUUUGCUUUCAUCCAGCGUGGGGCAGAGUGAGACGACGCCCUCACAGUACGCAUGCCUUGUUCGGUUUGUACUCCGUGCACCCCCCGUGCUUCCUUCUGUCAUCUUCCACUCCGUGGGUGAUCGACUGAAGCGUGUGAUUCAUGCAGAGGCUGUUACGACGGCAGUCUCAAAACGGAACGGCAAUGAAGGUGGGAAGGAAGAGAGCACCAACAUGGCUUCAUCGGCAGAAGAAGUUCCCGCUCUGGUAAUUGCUGCGGCUCAUGCUAGAUCGCUGCAAGACACUCCACUCUCUCUGUAUGACGCAUGCGCUGUUGUUUUUGCUUUUGCGCAAAAGAUGAAAAAAUCUGCUCUCCCGUUGCUUCAUGAUUUUUUUGUGCGCACUGGCAAGCGGGUUUUUUCUGACUGCGAGACAUCUCCGGAGCCCUGCCAGGAUGCUGCCACUUGUGCAGCUUUGAUGAUGUUUGUGGCCAGCGCUACGUGGGUGCUUUGCCAAUCGGCGCCCAUUUUACCGGGGGAUCAUGGGCUUACGUUUAUUGCGGCAUCUCGUGACUAUGCGGCCGAAAUUUUGGCUGCCAGUACUCCAGAAGAAAAGCUCAACGCAGCUAAGUCUUUCUUCUCUCUUAGUGAUUUGGCGUACGCGUGCAUGAUGUUGGAGCCAUCAUGCGAUUCACAGGGCAGCGCCCAGUUGACACAGGUUCGCUGUUUUCUGCAGGAGACCUACAAGGCGCAUACCUCCCAGUGUGAUAGCAUGGAGGUCACGCAGUUUAUUACGGAUUAUCUUGCAAUCCCUCCAUUGGACAUUUCGUAUGGCGAUGCCGUGAAGAUGAAGCAGAAGGAGGAGGAGAAUGAGAAGAAGAGCAAAGAGUUCUUACAGCUAUCGCCGUGGAUGAUUUCUUCCCUGCGGCUACGGGACCGGCUUGAAGGUAACACGAGACUUUCCACUGUCAUGUUUUUUCCACUUCUUGGGGGCGGGAGGGACGACAUUUCGCGGGUGUUGAACGUCACACGGAUGUACUGCCGUACCUUCGCCACACUUGUCACGACGCUGCGACUGCUGGCUGCUGCGGAUGUCGAGUUGCUCAAGGAUGACGCCGUCCUCGAAGUUGUGUUUCGCAAGGUCUCACAGUUGACGCGUCGAACGGCACGUCCACUGGAUUUGUUUCAAUUUUUUGAACUGUAUGGGGAUUACCCACAGAUGGCUUCAGCGUGCCUGAGUGAACUUCUCCCAGAGGCGAGGUGCUUCGAAGCCAAGAAUGCCUUCGUUCCUAUUGUGCAGGUCAAUGCAGCGGUUCGGGCCGUACGACGACUGCGAAAGCGAGAGCUGCGGCAACGUUGGUUUGCAACCAUGACUCCACUUAUUGUUAGCGCUGUGACAUUUUCUCGAGAGCCACUUGACGUUGUGCUAGAGUUAACGGAGCACAUUGGCAACGAUGACCCAGAACUCUUGCAGUCUGUUCUGAAGUCUUCCGCCUCCAUGCAAAUGAUUCAUGAGACCUUUCGGUUCACGGUGUCCGGGGAUGUGUUGCUCCGCCUGCUGCAGCAGCUACAAAAUGCCAGCACGUCGCACCCAACGGUGCGUGGGUUGCACGCGGCGUCGCGAGAGUUGCUGCAGAAAACCAAUGCGCACAUCCCACUGAAGCAGCUGGCACAGGCGAUGCUGUUGCCCUCGGUUGAGGGCACAACCCUUGGCAGGCGAUUGAAGAAGUUGUUUGUGUUUCGCGUGACAGUGCUGCUUGGCAUCACGCGCCCGCGUGCUUCACGCCCCACGGGCCAGUCAGCAGUCAAAAGUGAAGAAGAUCCGCCUACCACAACACUGCGAUGUUCCCAUUGGGAUGAAUCGUUGGAUUGCCUUGAGCUCGAGCACUGGAUGUUGCUCUUGCGCUUUUCCCAUGUUGCUGAACCCUCGUCAUACCGCUUAUUGAUGACCAUCAAGCACGACAUGGACGUAGCCGCACGACGAAUGGGGAAGUUAGCGCUUUCAUCAACACCGGCUAAGGGAGAGAAGGCAGCAGCACCAGAAGUGGCAGCGGGGAGUUCUCAUGAGGGCGCAGUUUUGCUCCUUGAAGGGAAAGAGGAGGAUCCUGGGUAUGAGAAGGGGGUUGAGGAAUGGAGCGAUAAGAGACAUCGCAGUUUGGCAUUUUUUUAUGCCUUUUCUGAUCACACUAUAUUAUGUCUACGUCGAUCCUUGGGUGCGUUUCAAUUUAUCACGUUAGUUUGUGAACUGCUGCAUCAGGCUUCAAUUUUCUCGCCUGAUUUAGCGGCAUUUUCGCGGGAGUCCAAUUCACAUGAACGCGGAUGUAUGUAUGACGGCAGUGCUUCACCGCUUUCGGAUGAGCGUGUUUGGCCGUUUCUGCGACUAGCCAUCGGUUUGGUGGAAGAAAUGUCUGCGGACUUGGGCGGAUUCUUGCGACGCGAGCGGGAACAAGGACGGCGAUUGAACCACGGUGAGCCACGGACUGCACAAAAUGAAAGGAAUGAAGAAUUGGAGGAAAUUAGUGUAGACAUUGGAGCUAUUUUGAAGUUUUUGAAUGUUUUGGACACAUACGAUCCACGGCGCCGUGAGCGGCGGCUACUGCUGUUGUCAUCGGCAUCACCAUCGCGGCUGUCCUUGUCGCACGACACACCGAAUGUCUUUGAUGAUGUCAUGCAGAUUCCACAUCGUUAUCUUUACAGACUGCUCUUGCAAUUGCCGCAGCAUUGGGGAAAAGUAACGCCUGCUGCGUCGUUUGUUGACACGCCGCGUGUAAGACUUCAGAACAUAUCGUCUGUAUUUGACUACUGUAGUGCGCCAACGGAGUUUCACUCACCUUUUGGGACGCCCGACGCAUCCGUGAAGGCGCAUUUUUGCCUUUUGAGCAUUUUUGGCGCCGAUCGGCCGCUCAUAAAUGAUGUGUGGAUGCCAAUUGCUGCACUGCAGUCUCAGCAGCGUCUUAUUGACAGGUCUGUUAAGGCGCAGCUGUUUGUUGCGCUAAUGCGUUGCCUGGUGCGUGACGGGGAGUCGCUGGCCGCCACGAGGCCGCGCCUUGCGGAACUCGGGCCGCGUGAUUUGGCUCGCGUUGCACAGACAUUUCUUGGCGGUGGCGGUGGCGGUGCUGUGGUCGCUGCUGGAAACGAUGAUCACUGCAGGGAGGAAUAUGACAAGUGGCGGUCUGGAAGAAGGGCGGAGGCGGUGAUUGCACUUGAGCUGCUUACGGACAUGUUGCCAAGUGCUUCAGCCGAGGACCUUCAUGAUAUCGUCAUGAUGCUUCUUCCGCCCCCAUCGGCUGAACCGAAGUGGGAGGGCGAUAAAAGGCAAACGCCACAUGCACCGCUUUAUGAAGAGGUGGCAGAGGUGCGACGUUUCCUCGUUCACGUCCCUGUUGUUAUGGGAAACGACACGGAGCGUUUUCCGCUGCCGGUGCUGUAUGGCAUUCUUCUCCGCCUGCAUGAGCCGCACCGCCUUAUCGCACCUGCCGCAGCCCAGAUGAUGUUAACAAACCUUCACGCGGUUGAUGAAACGACCAAAGGACAAGAAUUGCCGGAACAUGAGGGGGAGGAGGAGGAUGUUGGUGAGCAGGUGCUGGAGGAUGCCGUCAGCGGACCGAGGAAGAAGCAACAUUAUAAGGCGACUGUUGCCCUGCUACGAAGAGUCGUUUCUUCUUCCUCUUCGUUUUCUUUGUAG